AUUACUAUACUGUAUAUUCUUCUUUUUCUUUUCGGACACGUUCUAGUUCCUUAAAUUAUAUCAACGGUCCUAUGUAUCCUCCAACUGUUUUAUUUUAAUCUCUAUCUGCAACUUUCAUUCUUAAUUAACCAAAUGCUAUUUAUAAAGUUGUGUGAAAAAGACCUUAGUUGAAUGCACUAAAGAUGUAAACAGAAGUUCGGUUUCAAUAGCAAAACAAGAGUUUACAUUGAUUUUAAGGUUUCGCAUGAAACUAGAUUGCAAUAUUGUCAGUUCUUUAUUAUAAAAAAGUCAAUGAAUUGAUUUGUUCAUCUUCUUUAUUAUAAUAUAAUAUAAUGAAGUCAAUACAAUAAUUUUCCUACAUGUUUUCUGUUACUGCUCUCUUUUAUUGUCUGGAUCUUCCUAUUUCUUUCUAUACUAACAUCUGAAAGAUCUGUCAAUAGUUACUUUCUGAAGUACCUUGUGUUUUGAACACUGGUAGUAGUUUUCUAAUUGAUGUUUGCAACAACCAUUUAGUACUUCUCCUUGUAGUGACACACACAGAAAACUAUUCACACUCUAAUAAGGUAUACUUUCUAUGUUUUAUAAUUCUUUUCUUCUUACAUGCAACUUAAUGGUGUUUUCUAUACUGUUAUGAUAAUUGAUUCUUCUACUUAGUGUAUGUUUGAAUUCUCGGUGACAAUGGUAGAAUCACAGCGAGACACUGCAAUUUUGACAUAAACGACACUAACUUUACCAAACUCAACACUCAUCCUAACCUACACCUACACACUAACUUAAGAUUUGAGAAGAAGAAUUGGCCCUUAUCAUGGUUAUCAAAACUUUUUUACCUAAGAGAUUUCAUUCCUUUGAGUCAGUAAAAUUUUAGCACGUAUCUUAUUUCAAACAAUUUUUGUUUAUAAAGCAAAAAAUAAUAAAUUUUGGUCAACCAAGUCACAGCCUCCAAAAGAACUAAAAUUUUCAAAGUAGUUGGCCAUUAUAGGCCAAUGGGGUGGGUCUUUAUAUUUAACAGUAGUUCAAUAUCUUGUUUGAGGAGAAAGUUUUCUCAAAUGAGACUUUAUUCUGUUUCCCUGUUUGUUGCAGAGUUUAGCUGAAAAGAGAAGUUAAAAAGAAGAUGGGGGAUCUUUGGAGCUUGAUUUGUGAGGACUGUGGUUUUACUGAGAAUGGAGGAAAACCUUUCUGUUAUGAUUUAAAACUUUUGAAAGAUCCUUCCUCAUGCAUCAGCCAUGUGUUGGUAGUUUGCUUAGAUGUGUUCCUGCUAAUCACGUUAUCAUUCAUCAUGAUCCUGAAGUCUUCAUCGAGACCCUUUAGGAGUCUAGUAAGACAUUCAAACUUGCAGUUAGUUUCUGCCAUAACCAAUGGCUUUCUUGGGUUUUUGCAUUUAUCCUUAGGAGUUUGGGUUUUAGAAGAGAAGUUAAGGAAAACACACAAAGUCUUUCCUCUUGACGCAUGGUUUCUAGACCUCUUUCAUGGAUUCGUAUGGUUGUCAGUAAGUUUAACUGUAAGUCUUCAGGUAAAACAACUCUCAAGAGCAUGGUUGUGGAUGUUUUCUGUUCUCAUAUUCUUUGUUUCUGGUAUAUUAUGUGCUUUAUCCAUGUCUUAUGCAAUUGGCAGCAGAAAAUUGUCCCUCGAGGCAGCUAUAGAUGUUCUAUCUUUUCCAGGAGCAACUUUACUGAUGUUAUGCACAUACAAAGCAUGUACAUGGGAAGAUGUUGACAGAGAAAUUGGUGAAAGACUUUAUGCUCCUUUAAAUAGUCAGUUCAAUGAAUUUGAUACUGUUGGCAAUGUAACCCCGUUUUCCAAAGCUGGAUUCUUUAGUAAGAGUUUGUUUUGGUGGUUGAAUCCAUUUAUGAAAAGGGGUCAAGAGAAGACACUUCUUGAUGGGGAUAUCCCAGAGUUAAGAGAGACUGACAGAGCAGAAAGUUGUUAUCUGUCAUUUGUAGAACAGUUAAACAAACAAAGUCAACAUGAACCAUCAUCACAUUCUUCCGUUUUAUGGACAAUAAUUAUGUGCCACCGAAGAGAGAUUUUGAUAACAGGAUUCUUUGCUUUGCUCAAGGUACUCACUCUAUCUUCUGGUCCCCUACUUCUGAAUGAAUUUAUAUUGGUUGCUGAAGGUAAGAAAAGUUUCAAAUAUGAAGGUUGUGUAUUGGCUAUAUCACUCUUCUUUAUAAAGAUUAUAGAAUCCCUAUCACAAAGACAAUGGUAUUUCCGCAGUAGACUUGUUGGAAUGAAAGUUAGGUCACUACUUACUGCAGUCAUUUACAAAAAAAUCCUAAGGCUAUCCAAUUCUGCUAGAUUGGUUCACUCUAGUGGUGAGAUAAUGAAUUAUAUGACAGUAGACGUUUAUAGAAUUGGAGAAUUUCCAUUUUGGUUUCACAAGACUUGGACAACAAUUCUUCAACUAAGUAUUGCAUUAGUAAUUCUUUUCCAAGCAAUUGGACUAGCAACAAUAGCCUCAUUGGCGGUAAUAGUUCUCACUGUGAUUUGCAACACUCCACUGGCGAAGUUACAACACAAGUUUCAAAGCAAACUCAUGGUAGCACAAGAUGAGAGGUUAAAGGCUAGUUCAGAGGCUCUUGUGAAUAUGAAAGUGCUUAAGCUAUAUGCAUGGGAAACACAUUUUAAAAAUAUUGUAGAUUACUUAAGAAAUGUGGAACUCAAAUUGUUAUCUGAUGUGCAAAUUAGAAGAACAUACCAUAUGUUUUUCUUUUGGACCUCGCCGAUAUUGGUGUCUGCUGCUUCUUUUAUGGCAUGUUACUUCUUGAAUGUUCCUUUGAAUGCUAGUAACGUUUUCACUUUUGUGGCAACUUUGCGCCUUGUUCAAGAUCCGAUUUCAAACAUCUCGGAUGUUAUUGCAGUGAUCAUUCAGGCAAAAGUUGCCUUUGCUCGGAUCGUUAAUUUCCUUGAUGCUCCAGAACUGCAGAGUGAAAAGUGCAGGAAAAUGUGCUUUAAUGACAACCUCAAAGACCCAAUUUCAAUCAAAUGUGCAGAUUUUUCAUGGGAAGAUAAUAAAUCAAAGCCAACACUAACAAACAUAAACUUGGACGUUAGACAUGGACAAAAGGUGGCAAUUUGUGGAGAAGUUGGCUCGGGCAAAUCAACCCUCUUGGCAACAGUUCUUGGAGAAGUUUCUAAAACAAAGGGAACUAUUGAUGUUCAUGGGAAGUUUGCAUAUGUUUCUCAAACAGCAUGGAUACAAACAGGCACGGUACGGAAAAAUAUUUUAUUUGGAUCUGAGUUGGAUGAUCAAAGAUAUCAAGAAACACUUCAGAGAUCUUCACUGGUAAAGGACAUCGAGUUGUUUCCCUAUGGGGACCUAACUGAAAUAGGUGAGAGAGGAGUUAAUUUAAGUGGAGGACAAAAGCAACGAAUUCAACUUGCACGUGCUCUUUAUCAGAAUGCUGAUAUAUAUCUACUGGAUGAUCCAUUUAGUGCUGUUGAUGCACAUACUGCAAAAAAUAUGUUUAAUGACUACAUCAUGGAAGGACUCAAAGGGAAAACAGUCUUACUCGUGACUCAUCAAGUCGACUUCCUCCCAGCAUUUGAUUCUAUUUUGUUGAUGUCCUAUGGGGACAUCCUACACGCUGGUCCAUAUCACCAGCUAUUGACCUCAAGCAAGGAAUUUAAUGACCUUGUCAAUGCACACAAAGAGACCGCUGUUUCUGACCAAUUUGUGAGUGCUAGUUUUUCCCAGAAACAUUCAUCUUCCAUAAAUAGUAUGCAAGCUUCCGCAUUAAAGCAGUACAAAGAACCAAAUGAAAAUCAAUUAAUUCAGCAAGAAGUGAGAGAGAAAGGAGACACGGGAUUGAAACCUUACUUCCAAUAUUUGAAUCGAAUGAAAGGCUAUAUAUUAUUCAUUGUGGCUUCUCUUUGUCACCUAAUAUUUGUGGUUUGUCAGAUAUUGCAAAAUUCAUGGAUGGCUGCUAGUGUUGACAAUCCUCUUGUCAGCACAUUGCAACUGAUUUUAGUUUAUUUCUUAAUUGGUGCUUUUUCAUCAGUUUUCCUGUUCAUCAGAUGUCUACUUGUAGUUACUUUGGGUCUUCAAUCAUCAAAAGAUUUAUUUUCACAAUUGAUGAACUCCCUCAUCCGUGCACCCAUGUCAUUUUAUGACUCUACACCAUUGGGAAGGGUACUUAGUAGGGUUACAUCUGAUAUGAGUAUAGUGGAUCUUGACAUUCCAUUUAGCCUCACUUUUGCUGUGGCGGGCACUAUAGCUCUUUAUUUUGAUCUUAUAGUUUUGGCAGUUGUCACAUGGCAAGUCUUGAUAGUGGCUAUACCAAUGGUUUAUGUUGCUAUUCGUAUGCAGAGAUACUACUUUGCCACAGCAAAAGAAGUAAUGCGGUUGAAUGGCACAACAAAAUCCUCUUUAGCAAAUCAUGUAGCCGAAACUGUGGCUGGAGCUGUAACAAUUAGGGCUUUUGAGGAGGAAGAUCGUUCUUUUGAGAAGAGUCUUAAUCUAGUUGACGAUAAUGCUAGUGCUUUUUUUCAUAGUUUUGCCUCAAACGAAUGGUUGAUCCAACGGUUAGAAACAAUCAGUGCAGUUGUUCUCGCCGCUGCAACAAUUUGCCUAGUUAUGCUGCCCCCUGGAACUUUCCCCUCAGGAAUUAUUGGCAUGGCUCUAUCUUAUGGCCUAUCACUAAACGGUGCUUUAGUAUUUUCAAUUCAAAAUCAAUGCACUCUUGCUAAUCGCAUAAUAUCAGUAGAGAGGCUAAAUCAAUAUAUGCAUAUACAAAGUGAGGCCGAAGAAAUAGUAGAAGGAAAUCGUCCUCCUUUAAAUUGGCCAAUUGCAGGAAAAGUAGAAAUAAAUGAAUUGAAGAUACGAUACAGACAUGGUGGACCACUUGUUCUUCAUGGGAUCACAUGCACAUUUAAAGCCGGUCACAAGAUUGGUAUUGUUGGCAGAACAGGCAGUGGGAAGUCCACUCUUAUUGGUGCUUUAUUUCGUCUUGUGGAACCAGCCGGAGGAAAAGUUGUAGUUGAUGGCAUAGACAUCUCAUCUAUUGGCCUACAUGAUUUGAGGUCACGUUUUGGGAUUAUACCUCAAGAUCCUACCCUUUUUAAUGGGACAGUAAGAUUUAACUUGGACCCUUUAACUCAACACACUGAUCAAGAGAUAUGGGAGGUUCUUGGGAAGUGUCAAUUGCGAGAAGUAGUCCAAGGAAAAGAAGAGGGCUUAAACUGUUCAGUUGUUGAAGAUGGAUCAAACUGGAGCAUGGGACAAAGACAAUUAUUUUGUUUGGGACGUGCUCUACUGAGGAGAAGUAGGAUAUUAGUAUUGGACGAAGCAACUGCAUCAAUUGAUAAUUCUACUGACCUGAUUGUGCAGAAAACCAUUAGGGCUGAGUUUUCAGAUUGUACGGUGAUCACAGUAGCACAUAGGAUACCAACUGUGAUGGAUUGCACUAUGGUUCUUGCUAUAAGUGAUGGAAAAUUGGCGGAGUAUGAUGAGCCAAUGAGCUUGAUGAAGAGAGAAGAAUCGAUGUUCAGGCAACUUGUCAAGGAAUACUGGUCCCAUUUUCAGUCUGCAGAAUCACAUUGAUGCUACCAAUAUUUUUUAAGCCUACAAUAUUGUUUCUCUCACGUUCGUUUAUUUCUCUUGUACAAGCAAUAAAUUAAGAAAGUGAGCAGGAUAUGAAAUGUGUUCUGCUAGGAUAAAUUGUGAGGCCAAAUAGAAUGUACCGAAAAAAUUAGGCCGACGAAUAAGGGUCUGUGAGUUUAUGGAAGAGGAAAUAAACAAGUUGGCUGGAGUGAGUGUGGGGAUGAUUCUACGGUUAAAGAAGGAGAUCGAUAAUGAUGAAUAAAAGAGGGAGGUUUAACAGAAUUAGCAUCUGGAAUUUUGUGGAAAGAAAGGGUGCGGUAAAGUGAAGGAGUCGGCCCUUCCUCAAGGGUUUCUGUUAUCUUUCUUUUUGUUUUUUUCUUCCUUUUACAUGUUGUGAGGAGUAGCGAUCCAGUCAUAAUUUUAUUCCUAUAGUUUUUCAGUUGAACAUUGUAAGUUUUCAACAGGGUCACUCACUACAUCUAAAAUAGAUUGGAGUGUCAAUAUUAAUUUCAAUUUACCGCUCAGAUUUUGGUUCCUAUCUGAAACUAUCACACUAACAGUAACAACCUAACAUAACAGUAAAAGGCAAUAUCAUGUUCCAUUGAUCCUUUUUCUCAUGGAAUUAGAAACCAAAUUUAGGCAACAAUACACAUAACACUAGAUAUCAAACACACAAACAAAUUACUUUAAAAGCAAAACUACAAUCUCUGGAACAAUUGAAGUGCUGACCUAAUGUCAGCUUCCUUGUUCUCAUAGAGUGUCGUUAUCACUGGUGCAAUUCGCAACAGAUCAACACUCUUUUAUACUAAGGUUUU